AUGCUUGCCAGUGGAGUCACGUACGGCGUCAUGAUCGCCACUUUGGUGGCCGUGGCCGCCUACGCCAUCAUCGUCAGCCGCCGGAUGGAGGUCAACUCGGUCAAGAACUUCAUCAGCGCCAAGAACUCCACCACCUCCCUACGUCUCGCCUGGUGCUUCUUCUCAGCUGGAAUGGGCUCGUGGACCCUUUUCUCCUUCCCUCAGAUCGGCGUGGACGCUGGUUCGUGGGGUGUCAUCGGUUACACACUCUCGGGAGUGUGUGGCAUGCUGGUACUGGCAGUUGUGGGGCCCUACACCCGCUCCGCUCUGGGUGAAAACGUCACCAUGACGGACGUCGUGGCGCAACGUUUCGGCUACGUCAUGCAGGUCUACAUCGGGCUCAUCUCGGUCUUCUACCAGUUCAUCUCACUGGCCUCGGAACUGACCUGCGUGGCCCAAUUGACGACCAUGUUCUCACCAAAUGCGCACUCGCUGAUCCCCAUCCUGGUCGUGGUGUUCCUCACCAACUUGUACCUUAUCAUCGGUGGUCUCCGCGCCAGUUUGGCCACGGAUGUGUGGCAGGGCAUUGGCGUUAUCGCUCUAUUGGCGGUGGUGUGCAUCGCCAUGUGCUUCCAUGUGGCCAUCCCCGAGGGCGCGUGGUCCAGGACCAAUGUUGCGGCCUUCACGGUGGAAGGCUUCGAGACGCUGGUGACGCUCGUGAUCGCCGUGACGGCGUCCAAUUUGUUCUUCACAGGCUUCUGGCAGCGCGUUUACGCGGCGUACGACGACCACACGCUCAGGAAGGCGGCGUUCAUGGCGUGCGGCAUCAUCAUCCCGUUCACGGUGGCGCUGGCGCUGGCCGGAAUGGUGUCGUAUCUGGCGUACCCGGAUGGAGUCUUGUUCUUCGCCAUCUUGAUGGACAUGGGACGUGGCUGGGAGGUGCUGAUCGUCAUCGUCAUCGCUAUGCUGGCGAGCGGUGUGUCGGACUCGAUCCAGAUCGGAAUUGCGGCAGAAUUGACGACGUGCUUCCCCAAACUGUCGUUGUUGCACGCGCGUAUCAUCGUCGCUCUGCUGAAUGUGCCGGCCAUCGUCAUCGGAUACCAGCAGUACGACAUCCUGAACCUCUUUUUGAUCGCCGACUUGUUGUGCACGGCUGCGGUUGGCCCCAUGCUGCUCGGUGUGUGGAAGCGCGCGACUCGUACGGGCGCUCUGGCUGGCAGUGCCGCAGGUUUGAUCACCAUCUUCAUCAGUGGCGUGAUCGCGCAGGGCAAGUUCGUGGGUGGCUUCAACUGGUUCAUCCUGCCCGAGGGGCUCUACUCGCAGAACAGCAUGAUCACCUUCAUCGUGACGCUCAUCAUCCCUCCCGUCGUGACUGUAAUCGUGUCGCUCAUGACGCCCAAGAGCGACGACCCGACGGAUGGCAGCUACCUGCUCCAGCACUCCCCCAUCCAAGUGGCCAAGGACUAA